UUGGGAGUGUCGAAGGAUUUUGGUGUGAGAGAUCGGUAACCGAUCGUCCGGAUAUCCCGAUCUGCAUCUCAAACAGCGAGAGGUUCUUGUAGGUUGAUGAAUUGCUUCCUUAUCGAGUUUUAACUGUUCAGGUUUCAAGAAGUUAGGAGAAUUCAAGUCUUGAGGUUCCAAGCAUCGGUUUAGAUCGGCAAGAUGGUUUCAUUCGAGAUGAACGAUCGGAAAAAGAUCGGGCUAGGAUUGACAGGGUUUGGCAUAUUUUUCUCGUUUCUGGGAAUGAUCUUCUUCUUUGACAAAGCACUUCUUGCCAUGGGUAAUGUCCUCUUCUUGUCAGGGUUGAUGUUGACUAUUGGAAUGAAAUCCACAAUGCAAUUCUUCAUGAAACGCCAGAGCUACAAGGGUACAAUCUCAUUUUGUGUUGGCUUCUUCUUCGUUCUUGUUGGGUGGCCUAUCAUAGGCAUGAUUUUUGAAGCAUAUGGGUUCGUUGUACUCUUCAGUGGUUUCUGGCCUACGCUGGCAGUUUUUCUUCAAAGGAUACCAAUUCUUGGUUGGGUGUUCCAACAGCCAUUUGUGACUUCACUCAUGAAUAGGUAUAGGGGUAGACGGGUGCCUGUAUGAAGCUCUGAAUCAGCUGAGGAGAAAGAAGCACUGCAGCACAAUUUCUCCCAUUGUAAGAUAGUGUUUGUCUGAGAUCCAGUGUUUUGAUUUGUCCCACAUUGUAACAAGUUAGCAAAUUGUACUUAAAAAGACUUGUUGGGGAUUUUUCCUUGUGUACAUGAAGAGGCUUUUUGUAUAGACUGGCCUGCUGGCAUCCGUAUGUUUUUGGUUGAUGCCAGGGGCUGUAGAUGUCUCAUGAUAUAGUUUUUGUUCUUCUGUUAAUACAUAUCUUUUCUUUCCAAGAAAAUAAAUUUACUUGAUUGGUGAUA